AGAGGAAAUUGCAGAGAAGAAAACAGAAUUUUGUGAUGAUGAUGAUGGUGAUGAUAUUUCAAGAAAAUUUCGAGAGGUUGAACAACAAGAUUCAGAUGCAAUGAAGGGCCAAGAAGAAAAAGACAUGAUUCAAGAAUCAGCACUUGAAGAAAAAGUGAGUGAUGGAGGCAAAGGAAUCGUUGCAGUGUUGGAUACAAAAGCUGAGAAUGAUAAGUCUAAAAAAGUUCAAGAGAUUGACCAACAACAGUUGCAUGAAGAAGAUAGAUGUGGAAAACAAUUCCAGAAACUCAUAGUAGGUGAAGUAAGUGGUCGCGGAGAAGUUGAUGAUAUGAAAAUAACAGAAGAAGAGAAAGGAAUCAGGGAUAGCUCGAGAAAAGGCCAAGAGACUGCAAAAACAGAUUCAGAACUCCACAACAACAGAGAAGUUUGUCGAAGUGAAGAGAAGAAGUAUUACAGACCUGAAAAGAUGGAACAAGAAUUGGUUAACUUGAACAGCCAAUUGGAGCAAGACAAUGUUGAAGAUGGAGAAAAGAAUCAAGAACCGGUGGAAGAGGAAAUCAAGGAUUGUAAAGAAGAAGAUGGCGGUGCAGAAUCAAAGAUCAAAACCGAUGAUGAUGUUGUAAGAAAGGUUCAAGGUAUUAAAGAACAUGAGUCGUAUAGGACGGAAAGGGAACAUGUAAGCAAGGUUCAAGAAUUGGUUGAAGAGAAAAUUGGUGAUCAUGAGCAAGAGAAAACAAUCUCAGAGUCAGAGGUAGAAGGUGAAUGUGAUAGCUUAAGAAAGGUAGACGUUAGCAAAUCACAGCAGUUGCAUGAACCAAAGAGACACAGAGAAAGCGAUAAGACCCGAAUAACUGGAGCAGAGGAACCAAGUUGUCAAGAGGAUGAGAAAAUUGUAGAGCCUAUGACAACAACAGAGGAUGACAAUCCCGUAGAUGUUCCAGAGAUUAAUAAAGAACAACCUGAUGACAAGCUAGAGAGCGAGGAGAAACCAUACAAAAUUCAAGAAGUGGUGGAAGCGAGACUCAAUGACCAUAAUGAAGAAGAACAAGAAGAAAAGGCAACGGCCAAGGCAGAACUGGAAACGGAAAGAGAGAGCUCAAAAAAGGUUGAAGAGACUGAGCAACAGAAUUAUGAUGGACCAAAGAUGCAAAAUAUAGCAGUGGAGCAGAAGGGGACUGUGGAGAUGAGGACAAAAACUAAAGAUGGUAGCUUGACUAAAGUUCAAGAUGAUGAAGAUCAAGAAUCGAGUAAACCUUAUAAGAGAAAAAUAGAAGACAAGACCCAGGAACUAGUGGAAAUGGGAACAAGUGAUUACAGAGAAAAAGCCAAGAAACAAGAUGAGAAUUAUGACAUCUUAAGAAGCCAAGAGGAUUUAGAUGAAUUUGAGAGACACGGUGAGCGAAGCAAUAUUCCUCAAUUGGUAGAAGAAGAAAACGUGGAGAACAUCGCUGAGCUGGGGGGAGAAUCAUAUGAAGAUUGGACACACGAGGAGCGAGAAAAGAGAAAAUAUUUGGUUAAAGAGGAAGCAGCUGAUCUUAAAGAUAAACACACUGGUGGAGAUGACCAUACUGAUGAUAAACAAGAACAACAUCAAGAAAAGAUUAUUGUCAAGGCAGAACUUAAAACUGAUGAAGAUAGCUCAAAGAGGGUUCAAGAGACUGAAAAACAGGAUGAAGAUGAAUUGCAGAGAUCUAUGACACAAGACAAAAUGCAAGAAACAGAGGAAAAAGACAAAAGUAGAGCAAUGGAGGAGAAUGAGAUUGUGGAGAGAAGGGAAAAAACUAUAAAUGAAAGCUUGAGAAAGGUUCAAGAAGAUGAAGAAGAUCCACAAUUGGGUAAACAGAAGAGACAUGGGGAAGAAGACAGAAUCCAUGAGUUAGUAGUGGAAACGGAAUUAAAUGAUCACAGAGGGAAAGUCAAGAAAAAAGAUAGAUAUGGUGUCUUAAGAAGAAGCCAAGAGACUGUGAAAUUGGAUUUAGGCGAACGUGAGAGACACUGUAAGAAAAUAAAUAAACAUAUAUCAGUGAAAGAUGAACACACAGUAGGAGGGGAAGGAGAACAUGAUGAAGAAGAAAGAUAUGAGGAAGUUGCACAGGCUAAGAAAAAAGUUGAACAGGUGCUGUACAAGUCGGAAGGAGUACUAAAAGAGGAAGUAAGUGAUCGCGAAAAAGAAGAAGAAAAUCUCGUGGAUGAUUCUACGACAAAGAUUCAAGAAACUGGAAAAGAAGAGCUACAUGAAUUGGAGAUGUACAAGAAACAAGACAUGGUCCUAGAUUUUUUGGAAGACGAAACUGGGGAUCAGAAAGAUGAAAAAGCAGAGGAAGCUGUAGUUGCAACCAAUGCGAACGAAAGUUCAAGAACGGUUCAAACGAUUGAAGAAAAAUCAGAAGUAGACAAGGAAACAAACAAGAUCCCUGAAAUAAGUGAUCCUGAAGUAAAAGAGACAAAAGAGAAGGUUCCCAAGGCAAGAAAUGUCCGAGAGACAAAAGAGCUAGAAGCACAUGUUCAGGAAGAAGGAAAAACAGAGAAUUGUAAAGAUGAUGGACAAGGAAGGAGAGAAGAAAACGGAAAACAAGGAAAGAUUGUUGAGACUAUGUCACGCGAAAGGUUCAAGUCAACAAGUGACGAUGGUAUUGUGAGAAAGGAGAUUCAAGAGACCAAAGUGCAAGAUUCAAAUGAGAAGAAAAAUCAAGAACAGAAAGGCAAGAUUGAAGAAACAGAGAGGAGAGAAUCGAGUAGUCAUGAGGUAAAGUUGGUGACUGAAGAUGAUAGCCUUAGAAAAGGUCAAGAGAUUUUGGAAAAGGAGUCAAAUGUGUCAAAGAGGGGACAAGUAGAGGCAAAGACAAAAAUCAACAAUGUUAAAUCAAGGGAGGAAGAAGAGGAACAGAAGAAGAUUAGGAAAAAAAUGGAAGAGAAAUCAAAUGCUCCUGAGAAAGAAAGAGAGGCAAAUGAGAAAGUUGCAGAAGAGCGGAUGCAAGAUAAGACUGACAACAGAACUAAGAACCAAGAGAUUAAAGGAGAAGAACUAUAUGAGUUUCUACGAAAUGUAGAGCAUGAUAAGAUCCCAGAAUAUCAUAGAGAAGAGGGAAAGGGAAUGGAACAGAGUGAAAUUGAGGAGAUGAAGAGAACAACUGAGGAUUGUAGCUCAAGAAAGGUUCAACAAAAUAAAGUACAAGAAUCAGAUGAAGUAGAGAAACACCGGAAACUAAGUGAGAUACAAGAAAGUAGCAACACCCAAGAAUCAGUGGGAAAAGAAACACAGAAGCAUAGCAAAGAAAAUAAGAAUGAAAGGGGAGGAUAUAAUGCAGUGCUCAAGGAAAAAUCUAUGGCUUCAAGUGAGUCUCAAGAUGCUGAGGAAAAAAGAUCAGAUCAGCCAAAGAGAUAUGCAGAACAGAAAGAGAGAAAAGAAGAACUUUUUAUAAGAGAAGGAGAGCAGAAGGAGAAGGCAAAGAAAAUGUCACAGGUCGAUUCAAAAGCUAAUGAUGAUAGCUCAAAAAUAAAUCAUCAAGAAGUGGUUGAAAUAGACCAGAGGAAAGAAGAAUUAGAGGAGGAGAAUGUUGUUGGUAAAGCACAGACAAUAGACGAAUAUGAGAGCUCAAGGAAGAUUCAAGAACACGAAAAACUAAAGUCAGAUAAACUAGAAACACAUGGGGAAGAAGAGAUGAGCAAAAAACUUGCAGAACAGGGAACAAGCGAUGAUAAAGAAGCAAAAGAAGGAAACAAAGCAGGGGAAGUACUGGAAGAGGUGGAUACUAAAAUUAGGGAUGAUGGCUUUGGAAAGGUAAGAGAGCUUGAAGAACAAGAAACAGACAAGAAGCAAUCAUAUGUGGGAAAUGACAUAAGUGGUAAAUCAAAAAAGAACAAGAAUCAAGAGACAAAGAGGAAAGAUGAUAAUAGGUCCGGAAAUAAUACUCAAGCAAAUGAAAAACAAGAGUCUCAUGAACAAAAGAGAAAUGAGGAAGAGGUUGUUGAGAAAGAAGAGAUAAUAGAAGAACAUGAUAGCUCAAGGAAGAUUCAUGAACAUGACAGACGAAAGUCAGAUACAAUGAGCGGAAAUAUUGCAGAAGAGGAAACAAGCGAUGAUGAAGAAGCCAAAGAAAGAAACAGAGCAGGGGCAGUACUGGGAGAGGUUUUGAAGAUAAGAGAGAUUGAGAAACACGAGCAAGACAAUAAGCAAUCAUUUGUGGACACAAGUGGUAAAGCAAAAGAGAACAAGAACCAAGAGACAAAGAGGACAGAUGAUAAUAGCUCAGGAAAUAAAACUCAAAAACAAGAGUCUCAUAAGAAAAAGACUCAUGACGAUCAAGACAAGAAGAACCCGGGACUACUUGGGAAAAAAACAAACAGUUGCAGAAAUGAAGAUAAAAAAAAUGCAGAAGCAGAGGUGUCAAGAAAGUUAAAGGGAGUUGAAAAACGAGAAUCAACUAAAAAGGUUGAAACACAUGAAAACCGAGAUGACAUCAAAGAAUUGGUUGAAGAGAAAAUGAACAACAAAGAAGGACAAGAAAAGGAGAGCAUAAUUACGGAUGUCUUGGCAAAAGCUGAAGACGAUGAACUGAGGAAACAAGACAAGAGCAGGGAACAAAGACUAAGAGAUAACCUUAAAUAUGAAGAAACGUCAAAGACAGAAACAAAAAGAAAGGAUAAUGAACAAGAGAGAAUUAAAGAGCAAGGAAGGAUCAAAGAAUUGGUAGAAGACAGGACACAUUCUUGCAGAGAAAAAGAAAACAAAGAAACUGAAUUUGAAGACUCGAAAAAGAUUCAAGAGAGAGACAAAGAAGAAUCAACUGAAGCAGGAAGAAAUGAGAAACGAGACAAGAUCCAAGAACCAGUGGAUAGGGAAACAAGUGAUGAUGACGAAGAAGAGUUAGAAAUUGAAUUUGAAGAAGAAGAAGAAAACUGGGAAGCUGAAGUAAUUCAAGAAACGGAUUCAGAUCAUGAAGAUAAUAAUGAUAUUAGACAUAUAAAAAGAAUCAGAUUAGGAUUCCGGUUAGUGGGAGGAUCAACAUUGUUUAUGUCACUUAUAGUCAUAGUUAUUAGUUUCAUUCGUUCCAAGAGAAAAAUAAGAUGUUACAAGUUCUAACCAAAGCACAAU